CGGCCGGGCCUGCUGCUGCUCAGCCUGCCCCACAACCGCCUGGAGCUGAUCCACAGCCGGGCGCUGGUGGGGCUGGGGGCUCUGCGGGACCUGGACCUCAGCAACAACCACUUAACUGUGCUGAGCCCCAAAACCUUCCUGCCCCUGACCAGUCUGGUCACGCUCAACCUGGGCAGCAACUGGCUGGUGGAGCUGGAGCCUGGGGUGGUGGGUGCUCUGCCCCAGCUCCGAGCCCUCCUGGUGCAGGACAACCCCUGGGUGUGCAGCUGCCGCAUCCGGCCCCUCUGGCGCUGGCUCAGCCACAACAGGGAGAAGGUGCAAGAGAAGACUCUGCUCCUCUGCAAAGCCCCGGAGCAGCUAAACAAUUAUCCCAUCAUGGCCUUCGGGAAUGAGUCCUUCAGGCAAUGUCAGGAGACGUCACUGUCCUCCCAGCAGUACAUCACCUUCUUGAUCAUUGGACCAUUCUCCUUCAUGGCCAGCAUCUUCUUCUGCACCUUCAUGGGCUCCAUCACAGUCGUUUACCAGAACCUGCGCAGGGAACCCUUCAGGAGGAGACCCCGUGUCUGCAGGAGCUGCUGA